AUGCACGACGCACCAUGUCAGCUCGCAGAUUCCCAGUUCUGGUGGUGCGGUCCAGACAUGUCCGGGUUACACACGCCGUCCCCAGGAAAGGCAUUGUCAGCAACAGCGGCGGCAGAGCUGAAGAAGCCUGCAGUUGAGAUAGCUCAUUUCAGUUAUCUGGCGAUCGCCGCCUUGCCCGCAUUGGAUCCAGAGCGCUACAGCAGCCUCCUCAAGCUGGCCCGGGUCAUUGCCUGGAUCAAUCGCUUCUCAAGCAACGCAAGACGCCUGAACACUGAGCGAGUGUCAGGCCCCCUGUCCGUAGAUGAGAUCCGCAGUGCCGAGUAUGUCAUCAUACGUCAGUGCCAGCAGUCAGCCUUCCCAGAGGAAAUCAGUGCUCUACAGCGGGGAAAGCCUAUCUCUCCUAAGAGUGUGCUGAGCAGCUUACAGCCGCAGCUCGACGAAGAUGGUAUUCUGAGGUGUGGUGGUCGGUUGCGCUAUGCAGAGCAUAUUUCGGAUGAUGCCAGGUGCCCGAUCAUUCUGCCCCGCUCGAGCAGAGUAACCACUUUGAUAGUGAAACGAGCACACGUCCGCCUGUUUCACGUCGGUGGAACCAAUCAGACCUUGGCAGCGCUCAGCCAACGGUUUUGGAUAGUUUCGGCCAGAGAAGCUAUUCGUGAGUAUGAGCAGCAGUGUCAAGCGUGUCGACGGCAGAAAGCAAAGACCCUGCAGCAGGUCAUGGCUCCUCUACCGAGUCACCGUACGAAGCCGUCAUUGAGUGCGUUCGCUACAACCGCGGUUGAUUUCUGCGGACCAUUCUUCACGAAGCAGGGACGAGGACGAGCCCAGUGUAAGCGGUACAUGGCUGUCUUUACUUGCACCGCUACGCGAGCAGUUCAUCUCGAGCUGGUGAAUGACCUCACCACCGAUGGAUUUCUCAACUGCUUGAGUCGGUUUGUCAGUCGUCGUGGAACGCCUACAGAUAUCAUCUCGGAUAACGGCACCAACUUCGUCGGCGCAGUCAAUGAGCUGCAACAGUUGGUCGGCAAAGUCAACCAGCAGCGAGUAGCCAACAAGUUGUCUGCUAUUGGAGUGACUUGGCACUUUAACCCACCAGCAGCACCUCACUUCGGAGGAAUUCAUGAGUCCAUGGUCAAGAGCGCCAAGAGAGCAGCCUACGCCAUACUCACCCGAGCAGAUAUCACCGAUGUAGAGCUAGCAACGUGCUUUGCCUCAGCUGAAAGCAUGCUCAACUCGCGUCCCCUAACGUAUCAGUCAGCUCACCCGUCGGACGACAUUCCAUUGACGCCAAACCACUUCCUCAUCGGCCAAGUCGGUGGUCAGUUCGCACCAGCUUGCAGCGAAAGUAGCUUCAGCCCGCGCAGGCGCUGGCGCGCUGUGCAGCAUCUGAUUGGUCAAGUGUGGACUCGCUGGAUGAGAGAGUGGGUACCUCUUCUCAACCCGGCCAAGAAAUGGAGGCAAGAGUUGCCAGACCUGAAGGUCAACGACGUGGUGGUAGUGGCAUCUAACGAUACACCACGUGGGCAAUGGCCGUUAGCACGCGUAAUGGAAGUCUAUCCCGGCAAGGAUAACCAUGUACGAGUGGUGAAGCUGCGUCUAGCAACCGGUAAGAGCCUUGUGCGGCCUAUUGCUAAGCUAUGUCCGUUGUGUUGA